AUGCAGGAGCAAAUCGGCAUUCCAGCUUGCUUCUCUGCGGGGGAGAACGAUUCCGCAACGAUCACAAGAUCAGGGCAGAAUGUUUUCAUGUCAGUUUACCGCACCAAAUUAGCGGAUCAAUGCCGUCUGAUCACAGUCACAUGGUGCAAGAAUCUGCUGCUUCACGGCCUCUCCAUCUCCGUCGACGGCGGCGGCGACAGAGACACCCAAUCCACCUGCAAAAUCGAGCUCAAGCCAUGGUAUUUCUGGCGGAAGCACGGCUCCAAACGCUUCGCCGUCGAAGGCAAGGCCGUCGACGUCUUCUGGGACCUCAAAAUCGCCAGAUUCAACGGCGAAACCGAGCCGAUUUCGGAUUACUACGUCGCCGUCGUUUUUGACGGCGAAGUUGUUUUGCUGCUCGGAAAUUUGAGGAAGGAGGCGUUCAGGAAGACCGGCUGCAGGCCCUCUUUGAUCGAUCCGAUUUUGAUUUCGAGGAAAGAGCACAUUUUUGGGAAGCGGAAAUUUACCACCAGGCUUAAAUUUCAUGACAAGGGAAGCUUGCAUGAGAUAUCCAUUGAGUGUAAAAACAGAGGCGGCGGCGGCGGCGUGGAGCCGGAGAUGGAGAUUCGGAUUGAUGGGCAUUUGGUGAUACAUGUGAAGCAUCUGCAGUGGAAGUUUAGAGGGAAUGAAUUGAUCCAUCUCAACAAGGCCAAAAUCGAGGUGUAUUGGGAUGUUCAUGAUUGGUUGUUUAGCCCUGGCUUGAGGCAUGCUCUGUUUAUAUUUAAGCCUACUUUGCUGGCAGCGUCGAAGUCGUCGCCGUUGUCGGGGCCGACGGCGAGCGGGUCGCCGGAUUUUUGCCUCUUCCUGUAUGCGUGGAAAGUGGAGUGA